AUGGUGUUUUGGUGUUUGUGCAGUUCGAAUGAUCACACUGUGUGUGAAGGCCUGCGCACCGAGUACGAUGAAUCCACACGGACAAUGCGAACCUACAACUACUUCGUCUGUCCAGACGAUCCGAAUCAACCGUUUGAACGGUACUGUUGUACGGAUCAUCGCAAUUCCGGAGGCUUCUGCUGCUCCUACGAUGAAAAGGCCCGGAGCUACUCUGUGAGCAGAUGGGGUACUAUCGCCGGCUCCAUCGCCGCCUUGGCUGUGAUCGCUUUGGUCGUGGCCGUCAUCUACUGUCUCUGCUGUCGCCGCAACCGGCGUCUUCCCUCCACCCUGGUGUCACCAACCCUGCCUACCACCGCCAAUGGGGGGUCCGGCGCCUAUCCUGGCAUCCCAACGUCUACUUGUCCUUACCCUACGGUGAUGACAUCGACAGAGCAACGGUAUACUCCAUAUCCAUCCAGCGGCGUACCUCUCCAGCCCGGUUCCGGUUGGCAAGCCACUCCAAUGACUCAGCCUGGCUUUGGAUGGGCUAAUUCACCGCCUCCACCGUACUCUGCUAAAUGAUCCCUUGCCUCCCACCAGAUGCAUCUUCCGUUGCGAGGCACGUCGAAAUGCACACCGUUCCAACAACUUUCUUUCCUCCUUUCGAUGGUCGAUGCACCACUGACACUAUGCGUGCUGAUAGUCGUUGGACUCGCCAUUAGUGUAUGUAAAUAUGGUUUUACUUUUUACACACAUCUCUUGUCCCUACAACACUAUAAUUUUAUUCUCUAUGUGCAAGUCCCUAUUUGGAUCUCUAUACUCCCGCACACAUCCAUUAACCAUGUUACUCAUUCGGUCGGCUUCCCUAUUGUGUUUCGACCACUUGAUUUUCGAUUGCUUCCUUGUAACUUCUUACGAUUAUUUCCGUGACCAACGAGAUGUAUUUGCCUUUCUUUGACCGUUCCAACGGUUUAUCGAUAAAGAGUUAUACUUCCAUAAAGUCUUAAAACAACUUGUUGGUGAGACUGUCACACUUGCGAAGUGCAUUCACUUGGCUGACCUCUGCCUCGGUCAAUCUCGUCGCUGGAUAUAAUAGGGUUUGUCGGUAUUCAGACAUCCGGC